CCGUUCACUGGGAAAGAUCGACUGGAAGAACUGGAAACGAUGAUGCCUCUGUGCUCCAGCACACCGGCUGGAAGUCCCGAGACAACUGGCCCAAUGAUCCUGGCAAAGGGUGUAGCUGCUGCUGGUGCUGAGCGUAACGAACAACUUAAAAAACACGAGCCCGAUAUCCCAAGCACAAGUGACCAGACAGCAACGGCAGUGACCACCGGUCAGAAAGCAGGACCAGUUGCAAUUCGCCGUACCACAACAGUCGCCGCGUCAACUGCCAAAAUAUUCUUUUCACUGCUUUUAUUCUGGCUUCUCCUUGCUGCCGUCGCUAUUGCUUUAUUUGAGCACGAUUCCCCCUGGCGCAAUACGAUACCGGCAUUGGAUUCGGUGCGACACGCGUUAUACGAGCCGCUACGGUUGGAACAAAAGCUUGCCUCCACCAUUCUUCCUCUUCUUGAGGAACAAAGGCGCUGUCACACCGUUAUCCUCGAUUUAUCUGCGAUGAGUAAAGCGGUGUUGCUUUCUCCGCGUUCAGCAUGUCAAUUAUUAAGCGGUCACCAGCUUGAUUCCAUGAUGUGGGACGUUAAACGAACCAGGUCGGUCUUGAGCCCAGAUGGACGAUAA